GAGGGAGUUGGUUUUCACUUCCUGCGCUCGCCGUGCCUUUGUCUCCGCUGGACGCAACGGGAGGCACACCUGGGGGGUGAAGGCGCAGCGGGACGAGGGGGACACCCCCUCUCAGGAUCAGUUUCACGGGAGACCUCCCAGGAAAGGAUUAAGGUCUCAAGACAGUGGGAAUCGGGGCGCCAAGAUGGCCAGAGGGAGACCGGGUCCAUGGUUUGUAUCGUGGAUGUGCUUCCUACUGGCGCUGGAUUUCGGCGAAGGGCAGGAAAGACCCUUCGGUGAAAUGUGCCUGGAGGACUUUACGGCAGGACUGCCAGAUUGGGUGCUGGAUACAGAUGCCUCUGUCCAGAAUGGAGCCACCUUCUUAUCGUCCCCCAUGGUCCAUCGGAGCAGGGACUGCAUGAGAGCCUGCUGUAAGGACCCCGCUUGUAACCUGGCUCUCGUGGAGCAAGGCUCGAGCACGGAGGAAGACCAUAUCCGGGGCUGCUUUCUCCUCAACUGCCUCUAUGAGCAGGCUUUCGUCUGCAGAUUUGCCAGGAAGAUCGGCUUUCUCAACUUCUUGAAGAAGGACGUGUAUGAUUCCUACCUGGCAAUGCAGAAUCACGGAUCCAGUGAUGACCAUCCUCCAAUAGCCCGCGCUGUCAAGGACAUGAGGGUACAGCCAGGGGAGCCAGUGAUCCUGAGAGGCACAGAGAGCACAGAUGACCGAGGGAUAGUCAGCUAUGAAUGGAAACAGAUCCUUGGCAACCCUUCAGUGGAGAUGAAGAAGCACGAAGAAGACCAGGUAGAAAUCUCCAACCUGGAGGUGGGGACUUACGUCUUCCAGCUUACUGUCACGGACACUGCACAACAGCAAGACUUCACCAACAUCACCAUCAUGGUCCUGAACUCUGAACAGACGGAAGAGCAUUGUUUGACCCCUAAGAAGGUGGGUUGGUGUCGGGGAUCUUUUCCACGCUGGUUUUACAACCCAAGCCUUCAGCAGUGUGAGGAGUUCAUUUUUGGUGGCUGCAAGCCCAACAAGAAUAACUACUUACGGGAAGAGGAGUGUACACUCGCCUGCAAGAAUGUUAGAGGUUCUGUUGGUGGGCGACAACAGCCAGUAUGCAAUGGGAACUGUCAGGCCCCCUUCUUCAGAUGCAAGGAUGGCUGCUGCAUUGAUGCCUAUCUGGAGUGUGAUGAAACUCUUGACUGUGCUGAUGGAUCGGAUGAGAUGUACUGUGAACAAUAUGCUCGUGAGUUCAAUAGACUGCAGAAAAUCAAUGUCACACAUAAGCAAGGUCACUGUGUGGAUUUGCCUGAUACUGGACAGUGCAGCGAAAGCAUCCCCCGCUGGUACUAUAACCCAUUCUCGGAGAAAUGUGACCCCUUCACCUAUGGAGGCUGUGGUGGCAACAACAACAACUUCAAAGAAGAGGAAGAGUGCAUGAAAUCGUGUUCAGGCAUCACAAAAGCAGAUGUCAUUGGCCGAAGAUGGGAAUCAUUUGAGUCCCAAACUGCUAUCUUAAGUGCCUUUGAGGUAGUGAUUGCUGUACUCCUUGGGAUCUGCAUCAUGGUGGUCUUGGUGAUCAUUGGCUACUUCUUCUUGAAGAAAAAGAAGAAGAACAGCCAUCGCCGUCAGCCUGCCACUGCUACCAACUCAACCCUCUCCACCACAGAGGACACUGAGCAUCUAUUUUACAGCAGUGCCACCAAACCAGUCUGACCUACAGCCUGUCUCUCUCCAGCUCAACACUGGGGCACCCCCCAGAACUUCUGGAGUUCUGUUUUUAUGCAUGGGCCUGUGCCUGAAGGACUUUUUCUCUGUGAAGACAUUUGUAGCAUCAGGCCAAGAUCUAGCCAUGAUUUGGCACUACUAGUAUUUGUGAUUGUCUUGGCUAAAUGGCUGCUCUGGAAAGUGAGGAUCUGGGAGCAUUCUGAUCCUCUCUGAUAUCCAUCCCUUCCUAACCUCAAACAAUCCAGUGAAACUCUGAAUUACAUCUUUCUUCCUGCUUAAACCUGGAGCACUAUUCUAUUCAGCUUCCUGAAGGACCCUGGGACUGGAUCUGUGUAGCGUUUAUGUUGGUGAAUGGUGCAAGCUCACCAGAGCCAGCCAUCUGUUUGCAGUGCCACUUUCUUCCAGCCAACCUUGUACUUUCCUCCCUUUCUCCCAGUCCUCUGCAAGGUGGCCCUGCCUCACAGCAGUCUUCCUGGCCAUGGCGAGUCUCUUGAGGACUGUGGGAGUCACAUAACUGUCCAGACCUGCAUAGUUCUGUGACACUCUGCAGCGGUUCCUGUUUUCAAGAUGGAUGGAAGCAGAAAUACCUGCUUUAAUCACUAGGCUUUGCUUUUUAACAGAAAAGCACACCUAGACUUUUUUCUACCUGGCUGUUGUGUUUCAGCCUCCUGUAUAUACUACAUGUCCACUAUUUUCUCUGUGAGUUGCCCUGGUUGCUUUUCCAGUGUUCAGUCUGAACCCAGACACAUUGAGAAAAUAGCUGUUUAUUCUCACAUGAAAGGAAAGUAAAUGUCCCUACUUUUCCUGCUGAUGAUGAGGGGAGGGUGGAAGGACCCAGCUGCCUCGCAGUUAAAACUUUGCCUCAGCUCUGAUUUUACCGUGUGUUUCUCCCAGCACAAAGCCUGACCUGAGUCCCUGGCACCUCCCAGAGCACAGGAGUGGACUAGAUACCACCAGCUAAUCUCUACAGGCUUCCUUGUUCCUGCUGGCUUGUCCCUCCCUGUGCAAGAUAAGCCUGACCCUGGGAGGUCCAGAGCUCAUCCCUGGCCCAAGGGCAGCAUACCAAAUCCCCACUUUGGCAAGGUAUUGUGUUCCCCCGUAGUCCCUUUGCAACGAGAUACUUCCUAGUUCUGUACUGCGGUAUCUCUGUGGUCCAGGCUUGUACCUCAGUAAGCUGAGGACUUCUGUUGGGACAGAAGUAGCUAUUUGUGAAGUGCCUGAUGUGCUUUGUUGGAUAUGGGGUCAGCACCAGUCCCCAAACUUCCAGUGCCUGCUGCUCUUGGAAAACUGCUGUGAAGAAAGAGGAAACUGGUGCAUAUGUUCGCAUAUGUGUGUAUGUGUGUGUGUGUGCGUGCGUGUGUGUGCGUGAAAGAAGCAUAAAUCUAUGACAGACUUUAGUUUCAGUGCUUGGACUGGUUCAGGGCCGAGGGCAGAGUGGCUCUGGAAGGCUCUGGUGAAGCCAUGCCCAGCUCAAGACGUGACUCAGGUCCUCUCAAGUGCAGUGCCAGGAGAGCUGCCUCCUUGGGCUGAUGCCUGGGCUGGAAGUAAAGAAACCACUGUCCAGAGCCUGCUGGCAAUCUGACUGCAUGCCUCUUCCUGUGAUGGGCAUCUGCCUGAGUGUCCCUGGGGCUGGUCAGAUUCCUCCAUGGCUUUUCAUGAUCUGUCUCAUACCAUUUCUUCCAUCUUUUUGUUUUUCCCACAGCCUAUCAUGGCCUAUGCAAUAAACCUAGUGUCUUGAUUUAUUUUUUUUUUGUGUGUAUUCACUCUGAUAAUAAAAAGGAAUUGUUUGUUUUA